ACAGAUCGGGGGCAUAUCACGGGUAGUGUUUAACCACUGUGGAUGGAGACCUAGGGGGAUGCUGUGAUUUUCUGUCUUAGUUCAAUUGAGACUCAAGAGUUUAAAUCUGUGAUUGUUUACCUAGUUGAUCUGAAGUGUCACUGCUCUUUCAUGAUGAUAGAGAAUUUGUGGUAACAAUGGCUGCUCCCUGACAUCACCACAAAGAUGGCGGAAGGUGGAUCAAGUGACCAAGAGGAUAAUCCAUUUUCAUUUCAAAAGUUUGUUAAGAAAAAGAAAAAAGAUACCGAUGGGGAUAGUUUAGAAGAAGAUGGUGAAGAAGUAGACGUAUUUGAUCUACCCGACAUCUCCACACCAGCUAGGAAGAAUGUUCCCGACUUAUCUUUGGAAGACGAAGUUGAUCUCCAACUCAGAAAAAAGGGAACAAAGAAGAAUAACGAUGAGAAUCCAUUCUCUUUUAAAAAGUUUUUGAAAGGCUCUGGGGGUGGAUCCCAUUCCAAAGGGUACAGCCAAAGAAGCAGGAAUGGUCUGGCAGCUCCAGACUUUGCCAGCGAUUUACCUGACUUUGUACAAGAUCAUUAUAGCAGUGAAAAUGGUCAGGAAAGGCUGUCAUUCAGGGACCCACUUGAACUGCCAGAUUUUGCAUUAGAUACUUCCGUGGAGACACAGACUCGGCAGAAUUCUAGUCAUAGCCCCGGCAGGGGUGCAGACAGUUUUGAAGUGAACGGAAACAGGACUCGAGACUUUGGGUCAGUAGACGUUCAUGUGAAUGCGGCAAAUGGACAGCCACCUGAUAUUAAUGUGUGUAACAGGGUUAGUCAUGAGAGUGUUUCUGAUGAGGAAUCAAGUGAUGUAGAUGAAGGUCCACAGUUAGCAUCUAGUCUUCCAGACUUUCUCUCCGACGGCGCAAUAGGGAAUACGGAUGGCGGCUCAAAUCCCACAAGGACAGGUUAUUCAGGAAUUACCGUCCAGGUGUCUUCAGGUCGAAAUGUUGCUGCAUUUGAAGUCAAUGGGGAUUUGGAACUAGAACUGAGAAGGGUUCGAGAGGACAAUCAUAGAUUGAGGGAUCAACUCUCUCAACAGGCAAAUAGAUUAAGAGAGGCAGAGCAGCGAAUUGAGACAAUUCAGAAAAGAGAAGCUGAUGAUACAGCAGCUCUAGAAAAAAUGGUGCAUCAGGUGGAAGCUAACUUAGUCACAACAACACAAAGAGCAGUCCAGGCUGAAACAACUGUUACUAGGUUAAAACAAGAAGUAAAGUCGUUACAGGGACAGCUUAAGACAACCAAGGGAGAUAAUCCUGCACAGUCAGCUGACCAGACCUUGACGAGUAUUCAGGAAAGAACAAAGUACGCCUCUGAGCAACUGUCCGCUGCAGCGAAGACUGCAGAACAAAGUUUAAAACAACUUUUAACUGGUGUAGAUUCCAUGAAACUUUUAGCAGAGGUGCUUGCCACCAUUGAUAAAGUCACAGAAGAGGCUCCCUCUGGUGGAGCAGAAGGGGGACAAUCCUGACUGGAAAUAGUCAGUACAUUUAACCUUAUGUUCAACAAAUCCACUGGUAUAAUGUAUGUAUCUGUACAGGUGAAUGUUUGUGAAUGUCUAUUUUUUUAAGUUAUAAAUCGUCAAAUCCAGUGCUUCACUGCAGUGCCAAGUUAAAAUUCUGUCUGCCUUUUUAUUCUGUUGUAAGGUCUAUACCUAUUUGAAGUGUAGGUUUUCAAAUUUCCAAGAUCUUUUUGGAAAAGGGGUAAAACUGAUUGGAAAGUAACCACACAAAGGUUUUAGAAUACAUAUACCUGCAAGAGUAAAUGAUUGUUGUGGAUAUAUUUAGCUGGUGUACAUUCAGGUACCUGAAUGCGCUAUUGAUGUACAUAUUAUAUGUAUGUAUGUAUGUUUGUGUUUUUUUUUGUCUUUGAUGAAUUUUUAACAACAAUGUGAAGGCUUCCUUGAACUUUUUGAUGGUCCAGACAAAAUUUCUCUUGAUACUACAUUUGUGCUCUGUAUUCCCUUGGUGUUAAGAAUAAUUUUGUCGUAUUGGCAAAUUCUGUAUUAUAAAUUUUGUUGAUUCACCAUCUCUUUUGGCUGUUGUGGUUGCAUACUGUGUACAAGUUGUUGUUGUAAAUGUAAGAAGAGUUGUACAUUUAUAUGAUGCUGUAUACAUGUAUACAUGCUUGUACUUAUGUAUGUACUUUGCCACUUAAGUUUUGGUUAAAUGUAUGUCCAUAUAUGGUUUCAUAUGAGUGCCAGGACUAAAUGUUACAUUGUUAUUUUUCUGAUACAUACAACCUACGUUUCUCUCUCCACAUACUUAUUGACUAGCAUUGUUGAUUUCUUAAUCCUUACACCUGUUCAAGUCCAGCUUAUGCUGGCUUUUAUUGCGGUUGUACCUUGGAAGGUCUGCCGGCAACGUAUGCAUAUUUUUUUUUUUUUCUCCUCCGGGAUCUGCCAAGUUUCCACUCACCAUAAUGCUGGCCUCCUUUGUUAAAGUAUUAUGUUCUUGGAUGUGGUGUACAAAUCCAAUCUGAUAAAUGUUAAUAAAUAAAUUCUUGCACCAGAAAUUUACAUUGAUAAAACUGGUCAUUAAUCUAAUUUACAUGUUCUGAAAUUGAUAUCUUGAAAUGAAAUGUGUUGGUUGAGUGAAAGCUGACAUGAGCCUUUCCUAUGUUAGUAUUUUUGUCGGUUUUUGGAAUAUGCAUUGGUUCAUCCAAUUUCCCUUCUAUUUCUACAGAACACACAGUUUUGAACUUCAUAUUUGUUUGGCUUGGUAACCAGCCUCCUAAGGUUUGUGGAUAUCGUAUCUUCCUUCAGUAAACUUAAUGCGCAGUAUUCGUUAUAUUAUCAUAAAGCUUAUGUUGUAAUAAAACUGAUGCAGCAUUUUAGUGUAAAACAUCUAUCAAAAACCUUUGCAAUUUACCUCAUCCUGUGAAAAUAAGCUUGCAUUCUGCUCUUUGGCUUAUUGUAGAUUAUGUUGGAAAGUUCGUCAUAUUUAUGCAGCUCUAAAUUACCACUGCAGCCUUUCUAUACGCUGUGCCAUUACAGUGUUUGAUUUAUCUUGUCAUAGUCAGUUUUUUAAUUAUCCUAUUCGUGCAGCUGUUUGCUGAAGCCACAUUGUCAUUCAUUGUCACAUUUGGGAUACGUUGCCAAUUAACUUGCCAAAGGCUGAGAGCCAUCUUAAGCCAAACAUUCUUGAGUACAGCAUUAAGCUCUUACCUACAAAUCAAUCAAUCAUUCCGGCAUAAAGAGCAUUUUUCAGGUUCAUCUGUGAUCGUUAGAAAUAAGAAUUCCUAUCUAAUUCCUUCCUAAUUAAUUAAUUAUAGCGUGUCCUGUAAGUGUAAGUAAAUAUUUAGCCUCUUCCUGUUUUCCUGAACCUUUGGAAGUGUUAAAGUGUGCUGAAAUUGUAACUCUCACACUGAUUGAGAUGUUUUGGCCAAUCUUCCUAGUGUAAGAGAUAAACUUUCAGACCAGUUAACAGUUUCACGAAAUGAUUGAAAAGACCUGAACUACACAUAAAGAAAUCUGUUUGCAUUUGGUUUUAUCAUUAACAAGAGAAACAUUAGUGUUUUUUUUUUCAUGUACCAGCACUUCUGAAAACAAAUUCCUGACCAUUUUAAUUUGUUUCCAUCUACUUAAGUUAUCUCAAGAGGAAUUUAUGGCUUACUUUCCAGUUUCAAAUGUGAAUGGGCUGGAGAAACUCACGUGCAGAGAUAUCAUAUCCUGUGAGGCCAGAGUGUUUAUUUGAUAGUUGAGGGCCCACACCCUCUAGUGAGGGCAAAUGUCCAUACAUUGCCUUAGAGUGCAAGGGAGAGAACUCUAUGGUUAAGGCAAGAGAAUUAUGUUUUUCCAGUAUUUGUUGUAUGAUUGAUUGCUCAGAAUUUAUAUUUUGUAUAUGUACAUGUACAGGGUGUUCUUUGUAAAUACAAAUAAGGUUCUUAUUUCAUUUUGGCAGAGCUUGAUCAAGGCCAAAACUAAUAUAGCUUUCGGCUCAGUUUUUAUUAACUGCUCUUUGUAUCGUUUUUACUCAGGCUACAUCAUUUUUGAGAGAAGAAAACAUGGGAAGAAAAAACAAGGGAGAAAUUUUGUAAAAGUGGCACAGAUCUGAUGACUUUUUGUUUGUGAAAACAUUCAGUUACUCUUACAAUUAGCCUGUGUCGAAAGCCUUUCUGACGAAAAUAUCCAUGGUCAUGCAUAAUCUUAAAAUUCAGCAUAAUUGUAAACUGCAUAUUCUGUAUUUGACUUUCUUUUCUGAACAUAAAAGGGGGAUGUUUAAUUAAUUUUAUAAUGAAUAUCGUUCUUCCGGUGUGAAAAAAGGGCAUUUUGAUGUUCUAAAUGAAAAGAAUCAGUGAUCAUUAUCAUAUUUAAGCAGAGUAUUUUCAGCAGUCCAAUUACUAUUACAUGUUGUUUGUGGCUACAUUUACACACUGGCACCAUUGUUUGCAUGGAAUCAUUCAUUUUGCAUAUCCACCAGCUUUGCUUUGGAACUCAUGUGACCAAAGAUGUUAAGGGCCACAUACUACAAAGUGCACGUAGUGCUAUGUUCACAUAACUACCAUGGCAACGUAAUACCCACAGUACUGGUCACCAUGAAAGUAUCCAUAUACAUUUUAUAAAAGUUUUGGCUGCGUCUUAACAGUGCGUGAACUUGGCCAGCUCUGUCACUUUGUCAGCAGAGCUACAGUAUAUUAAAGGUCACCAUAGCUUUGUGACCUCUGUCAGUGCUUGAUGAUGCACCUAGUUUGUGAUGUCCGGAGUUGACGACAGUUCCUCGCAUGUGCAUACACAAGAAUGGUAAAGAGCUACUCCAGAGUGAAGACCUGCAGGAUUAAAUGAUAAGGGUUGUGAUAGUAUGAAUGGCUGUCCUAAAUUCUAAAAAAAAGAAAACAGUCAGCGUAUUAAAACCGCUGUUGUCUGUUGUUUCCAAUUUUUGCCAGUUGUGAUGUCAUCCAUGAUCGAUCACUUGACAUUGCCCAUUGAUGAGGUAUAGUCACAAAUGAUGAUGUACUUUUAAACGGGCAUGACAUCACCCCAACAUAACCAUGACAACUGCCUUACUCAGUGUCAUAACUACCUGAUUUACUGUCAUGAUUUACUUUAUCCAAUACAUACAUGUUAAUAACUGGAAAGUGAAUAUAAAAGCUGAUCGUGUUUAUGUUAAUCUUCAAUGCACCUACAUGUACGUGUACAGUCAGAUUUUCCUUGGAGUCAUGAUGGAACAGUGCCAUUGCCUCUAGCAAUAACACUUAUUUUGUUUUUCUUAUGAACUUUCUGCCGCUUAAUAAAGUUUGAUUGUUAACUAAUGCUUAUUUGUAUUCCCCCAAAAGGUUCUGAGAAAUUGUAUACCUAUAUCUGAAUUAAAUACUCUUGUAUGUUGAACGUAUUUGGU